AAGUAGGGAAGGGAAAGCGAGUUGAAUUAUUAAAGGCCCUUUAGAUAGAAGUCUCACACACCACACAUUUGGUUUGAAGGCUGUUCAGAUCAGAUCAGACCAAACCCAUGAUGCUUUCUUCUGGUUCUUCAACUGGUAAAUGGAAAUUCAAUGUGUUCUUGAGCUUCAGAGGCGAAGACACCCGUUUUGGCUUCACAGACCGUCUCUACAAAGCCUUAAUACACAAAGGAAUCUCCACCUUCAGAGACGAAGACGAGAUCGAAGAAGGCAAAGACAUUUCUACCGAUCUGUCGGCCGCCAUUGAAGCGUCCAGAAUCGCGCUCAUUGUGGUUUCAGAAAACUACGCUUCUUCGAGGUGGUGCCUUGAGGAGCUGAGUAAGAUCUUUGAAUGCCACCACCGGCUUGGGAUGACCGUUUUGCCAAUCUUUUAUAAAGUGGAUCCUUCUCAUGUUCGGAACCAGACAGGAACAUUUGCAGAGUCUUUUGCUAAACACGAACUCAGAUUUGGAGAACAUAACCCCAACAUCCAAAAAUGGAGGCACCUUCUUACCAACCUCGCCAACCUCAAGGCUUGGCUUUUGGAACCUGGGACACAUGAAUCAAAGGUCAUCGAAGAAAUCACGACGGUUCUAUGGAAGAGAAUCAAACCGACCUUGAGAGUCACUCAAGAACACCAACUAGUUGGAAUCAAUUCUAAACUAACCAAACUUUCUUCUCUUUUGAACUCGAACUCAGAUGAGGAUGUGAUAUGGAUAGGAAUUCAUGGAAUGGGUGGCAUUGGUAAGACGACAUUAGCUAGGGUUUGUUACGAGCGAAUUCGCGACAAAUUCGAAGCUCAUUGCUUCGUCUCCAACGUUCAAGAGAAAUUUGAAACCUCUGGUCUUCCAUAUUUACAAAGCCAACUCCUUUCAAGGAUGUUUUCAAUUGAAAACAAAGACAUUGGAGACGUUGAAGAAGGCAUUGCUAUGAUAAACCAAGCGGUGUUUCAAAAAAAGAUUCUUCUUGUCCUAGAUGACGUGAAUUGUUCAGACCAAAUCAUGGGAUUGAUUCCAAACAAAAACUCUUUUGGAAAUGGCAGUAGAAUCAUCAUCACAACAAGAAAUGCAGAUUUACUUUCAAACGAGUUUGAAGUGAAAAGAAUGUUCAAAAUGGUAGAACUUACAAACGAGGAAGCCCUUCAACUCCUUAAUUUGAGUGCUUGUCCAAAACAAGAUUGCUUAGAACACUCCAAGAACAUUGUCAAGAUUGUGGGAGGCCACCCUCUUGCACUCAAAUUAUUGGGAUCAUCUCUAAGAAACAAAGAUUUGAAGGUGUGGAAGUAUGUGAUAGAGGAGCUUAAAGGAGGUGGGAAUAUUCAUGACAAAGUUUUUAAGUGUCUUAAAGUGAGUUAUGAUGGGUUGGAUGAGUGGGAGAAAGAGAUAUUUCUAGACGUUGCUUGCUUCUUCAAAGGGAAGAGAAAAGAGCUUGUAGAAGAGAUUCUAAAUGGUUGUGGUUUCCAUGCCAAAAUAAGGGUUGAACUUCUCAUUCAAAAAUCUCUCUUAACUCUCUCGUAUCACAAUAAAUUGAUGAUGCAUGAUUUAUUGCAAGAAAUGGGUCGGAAAAUUGUUCGUCAUAAACCUGUUCAAGAUCGAUUAUGGCGCCAGAAAGAUAUUAAAAGCAUGGUCGGAGAAGCAUCGGUCGAAAGCAUAUUGUUCAAGUCGACAAGAAACGUUAUGGAGUUUCCAAUUUCGUUCUCAAGAAUGCACCAACUAAGGCUGCUUAAUUUUCACAAUGUGAGGCUGAAAAAUGAGUUGGAAUAUUGCAUUCCAAGUGAGUUAAGAUAUUUGAAGUGGAAAGGAUAUCCCUUGGAGAUUUUGCUAUUGAAUUCUGAAGAAUGUAAGCUUAUUAAGCUUCACAUGUGCCACAGCAAUUUGAAGCAAUUUUGGCAUGGAGAAAAGCAUUUGGAGGAGCUAAAGUAUAUCAAACUCAAUCAUUCACGGAAGUUAUUCAAAACUCCAAACUUCGAAACUAUUCCAAAUCUCACAAGAUUAGAGCUUGAAGGUUGUAUAAGUUUGGUCAAUAUUCAUCCAACAAUUUUCACUGCAAAAAAACUCACUUUUUUGAGUUUGAAAGAUUGCAUCAAUCUCACCAAUUUUCCACCCCAAAUUAACAUCAAAGCUCUUGAAAUUUUGAUUCUCAAUGGCUGUUCAAAGCUUAAGAAGAUCCCAGAAUUUUCAGGCAACACAAGUAUAUUACUCGAACUCCAUUUGGAUGGAACCUCCAUAUCAAGCCUACCUUCAUCAAUAGCCAUCUUAGAUCACCUAACGGUGCUGAGCUUAACCAAUUGUAAAAAUCUUAUCAACAUUUCAAAUGCGUUGGAUAAGAUCACAUCUCUCAAAAGCUUAAAUCUUUCGGGAUGUUCGAAGCUUGGAAAUAGAAAACGAAAGCGGGGCGACGUCGAAACGGUGGAGUUCGACGUGAGACGAACGACACGAAGAACGGACGACGGAGACAAUAUCUUUCGAAAGAUUAUUCUUUGGUUAUGCAAAGCUCCAACAAGUGGCAUUUUUGGGAUACCAUCACUGGCCGGUUUGUAUUCUCUUACAAGGCUAAAUUUGAGUGAUUGCAAGCUUGAGGAAGUCCCGGAAGGGAUCGAGUGUUUGGUGUCGUUGGUGCAUCUGAAUUUGUCUCGAAAUAAUUUCUCUCAUCUUCCUACAAGCAUUUCUCGACUCCAUAACUUGAAAAGAUUGAACGUAAACGAGUGCGAAAAGCUUCUUCAUUUCCCAAAGCUACCACCAAGGAUCUUAAGGUUGAUGUCAAAGGGCUGCAUUUCAUUGAAAGAUUUUCUAGACAUUUCAAAAGUUGACCAUUCAUAUUUCAUGAUAGAAAUGAAUCUUAUGAAUUGCUUCCAAUGGGUUGACAACAAAGAGCUCCAUAAAUUGAUCACUUCUUGGAUGCAAAAGAUGCUCUUUCGAAAAGGACCCUUCAACAUUUUGGUUCCCGGGUGCGAGAUCCCCGAUUGGUUCACAACGAAAAAAAUGGGAUCUUCGAUAUGCGUCGAGUGGGAUCAUGAUGCACCAAACGCCAACAUGGUUCGCUUUGCACUCUGUGUCAUUUGUGGACCGAGCAACAAAAAAGACAUCAUCGAUGUUCCCUUCAUUAUUUUUGCAUCGGUGACUGGAAAAGACCAUAACGACCCAAAUUUGAACAAUGGAGAUCUUAUUGUUGGUGCAUUCAAUGUUUCAGGGAUGAAGAAGUUAGACCAUAUUUGGAUGUUCGUCUUGCCUCGAACUACGACUCUGACAAGAAAGAUUCGCAACUGUAAAGAGAUUGAGUUUCGAUUCGUGCUCCAAUUUAAUUACAAUCAAACUGUUAUCCCAAAUGUCGAAUUAAAAAAGUGUGGAGUUGGUUUGAUAAAUAUGGAAGAAGAGAGUGAAGCCAUGAAAAGGUAUGCUUCGUAUAUUAUUGUAAAGAACAGAAUGAAGUCACUAUUGAAGUAUUGAUAGAUUAUUUACCAUGGCUAUCAUAUGUUUAACCCUUUGUAAUAUCAUUUUCUUCUCCAUCAAUAUCGUGAAUGAUAUAAGUGUGACGUGAUUUAGAUUUCCUUUUCAACUAAACGAAGGUUAUCA